UAGCCGAUGUAUUUUUCGUGCUGGGGUGUCGUUAAACAUUCAUUCAUUCAUUCAUUCUUUUAAUAUGUUAAACAUUGAACUGCCACUGAUUGCUCACGUUUCAUUUAGCAUACAUUUCUCUCCUUGUCUGUGUGUCACUGAAUGUGAUCGACAUCAACAAAUGUAAAGCCGAGAUCUUGAAAUAUGUCGAGUCUCGGAUGACCUUCAUUUCACCUAACCUGUCAAUCAUUGUGGGAGCUUCAGUUGCUGCCAAACUCAUGGGUAUUGCUGGAGGCCUAACAAACCUGUCAAAGAUGCUAGCCUGUAACAUUUUGGUUCUUGGUGCUCAGAAGAGAACACUCUCAGGCUUUUCGACGACGGCCAUUUUACCUCAUACAGGCUUUAUUUACUACAGUGCUAUUGUCCAGAAGGCACCUCCAGAUCUUCGGCGAAAGGCAGCCAGAUUGGUAGCGGCUAAGUGUACUCUAGCUGCGCGCGUAGACAGCUUCCACGAAAGUCUUGAUGGCACCGUCGGUGACAGUCUGCGAGCGGAGAUUGAACUGAAAAUGGACAAAAUGACUGAACCCCCACCAGUGAAGACCGUGAAACCACUCCCCACCCCAAUAGAAACGUCUCGGAAGAAGAGAGGAGGGAGAAGAGCAAGAAAAGUUAAAGAGCGACUUGGUUUAUCUGAAUUGAGAAAACAAGCUAACAGAAUGAACUUUGCAGAGAUAGAGCAAGAUGCCUACCAGGAGGAUCUUGGCUUUUCUUUGGGCACCUUGGAAAAGUCUUUGUCAGGGAAGAUCCGCGGACCAGUGGUCGAUGCCAAGACAAAAGCCAGAAUAUCAAAGACGUUACAGGGUUUGGAAAUCGUCAAUCCUCAUGCAGCUGAAAAGAAAGUGCAAGAAGCAAAUCAGAAAUAUUUCUCGACUUUUCAGAAAAGUAGAAAAGAAAUGAAGAACCUUAUUACAUGUUUGAGUUUUUGUUUCAAGUCAGAUCAAGGAAUCUUUUUGGAGGUGUUAACUUUCACAUAGUGAAACUGCGAAUGGCUCAUUAUAUUAGAUCAGUUGUGGUUCAUUAGAUCUUUUUGGAGGUGUUAACUUUCAUAUAGUGAGACUGCGAAUGGCUCAUUAUAUUAGAUCAGUUGUGGUUCAUUAAAUCUUUUUGGAGGUGUUAACUUUCACAUAGUGAGACUGCGAAUGGCUCAUUAUAUUAGAUCAGUUGUGGUUCAUUAGAUCUUUUUGGAGGUGUUAACUUUCACAUAGUGAGACUGCGAAUGGCUCAUUAUAUUAGAUCAGUUGUGGUUCAUUAAAUCUUUUUGGAGGUGUUAACUUUCACAUAGUGAGACUGCGAAUGGCUCAUUAUAUUAGAUCAGU